AUGGCCGCGGUUUUGGGAGCAUUUCUUCUCUUUGUCUCCGUUGUUGCCGCACAGAACAACUGUUCUAUUGUCCCGGUCUACGUCGACUUCCAUGCCAGAGCUGUCGACGGUGGGGUCAAUGAGCAAUAUGGUUUGUUUACCGGGGCUGGCUUCCCGAUAUCGCAAAACAUGUCGCACUGGCCGUCAUUCUCGAACAACGAGACAACAGUGGCCAGCCUUGACUACUGUACAAACAGCCCCUUCAAAGACUGUCUUAAUCAUGCCCAUGGGUUCUAUUCGCCCGACCUGUCACAAAACUACUCCUCGGGCUCAUCAUAUCAAUCACUCGAUACCUAUGGCUCAAUCCCUGCCACUACCCUUCAAACGGCAUUCGACGCAUUCAACCUCUUCACGCACUACUACGAUCCUUCGCCACCAAAUAUCACUCGAAUCCCGAACUUCCCGGUUACGAUAAUGUCAAAUUACUCAGGCAGCACGACUCCGUGGUUUGGCCCAGCGGGACUGCUCGGCCUCGGACCGAAAAGCACUCUCCUGGACCAUCUAUACGAUCUCCAAUUGAUCUCUUCACGGUCUUUUGGCCUGUACAUGGGUACUGCCUACGAACAAGCCAACGGCGCUAUCAACGGUUCUCUAACCCUAGGCGGUUAUGACUCGGGUCGAUUUGAUGGCGACGUGCAUAAUUUCACGAUUAGCCCUGCUCAGCCGGAUGCCCAGCACAGUCCCUUCGUGGUUUCCGUCGAACAAAUGACGCUCACCGCCCCCGAUGGGACGAAAACAGACCUCCUUACAGAGAGCUUUAAUGCCCAUCUCACCACAUCACAAUACCACCUAAACCUCCCCAGCGAUGUCACUCAAAAAUUUGCCCAGAAAACAGGCGCGACACCUUCAAAUGAUGACCCUGAGGUCUUCCGCCUCCCAGACGAUUUCGAUUCGAAGCUAAUUAUUACCCUUGAGUCCGGAUUGACUAUCACAUAUGACUCCGACUGGCUCAAAAAUGUCUCCAACUAUUCCCCAAUUGCUACAGGCAGCAGUGCAGAUAACACUACAAACAAGACAAUCAACUUGUUCGGCUCCGCAUUCCUCUCUCAACUCUAUUUCGUCGCCAACUACGACUCUUCUCCGCCCACAUUCCACCUCGCAAAUGCUUUGCCGCAUGCCCCCUAUGUAUUCACUCGAACUCUGUGUCCUAACACCAUGCCCACACCUGCUCCAGAAACCAAGCUAUCCGGCUUCGGUACCUCUGGAUUGACCGGGGCGAUUUUGGCGGGUGUGAUUGGGGGUAUCGGGCUAUCAUUCGCCAUCUUCUGGCUGUUCAGAAAAUAUAUGCAGCGACGAAUGUGGCGGGAACAAGCGAGACAAGCCAUGAAAGGAAAAGGGAUCGAGAGUGAGUCAACAAUCGCCGUGACCGCCGGGAAAAGUAAGGGGUCGCCUUCGUCCUUUUCCAGCCUUGAUGAAGAAGCACAGAGGGGGGACAGCAGUGAAAUGGCAACGUUCGCGUUUGACUUCAACUCGCAACAACAGCAAGCAUACCAGAAUUUCCUUCAGAACGCAACGCAGCAGCAGCGUCAACGACAACAGGAGCAACAACAGCGACAGGACCAUCCAACCUCGACCAGAGAACCACCGAGCACCCCAGAUGCUCAUGAUCUCGUGUCUCCCAUAUCCCCCUCCUCGAUACCGAUCACUCAAUAUGCCCGCUUCCUUCCGCAAGAUUCAUACUCCAAUUCCCCACUGACACCCGCCACGGGCGUUCCCCUCUUAUUCUCCCAGCCACAGACGGGACAAUCGGAGUCCCAAAUCUCAUCUUUUCCAUCCCCAGCGUUCGCGCCCCUGACGCUGAGCCACACGAAUAUGUCCCUCGAGAAUCCGACGUCCACUUCCCCUUUCGGCGCCGGCCAAGGCCGAAGCGAGGACGAUAACUCGUUUCGCACGAGGCAGGCGAAACUGCGAGGAGGGGGAGGAGGAGGAGGAGGAGGGCGGAAAGUCCUGAAUGUGCAGACCGAGUUUGCUCCGCCCCCCACGACCUCCUCCCUAGGGAGCAAGGUCGCGAGGAAGGCGGUGGGCAAGGAAGGCGGGAAGAAAGAGAGUAUUUUGAAGAAAGUGUUCCCACCGCCGUCCUGA